AUGGAAACAAGUUCAGCUGAGAUCGAGGCAACCAUUCGCGAUCUAGAAUCGAAUUUGAACGAAUUAAAGGAACUCUUGCUCCUUGCUCCCGAUGAGCAAGACCUGAAGCAAUGUGUUCAAGAUCUGGAAGAGCUUGUUGCCAUGCAUCACGAACACCUAAUUGAGGCCACAAAACGAGAACUUGAGGCAGCAGAUACGAUUAAAGUAAACCAAAGCGGCUUGACAGAGGGUCUGGCAUUAGUAUCACAAGAAGACGGUGAGAAUGAACAGGAGAAUGAUGGUUUUAUAGGCGACACCUCUCCCAAAGCAGACGAAGAAGAAGCAGGGACGGGGGAAGAAGAGGACAUGGGGGAAACCAAGGAGAUUGAUAGUUAUGAUGCUAACAAGGAAACCUCUGGUUCUCCUUGGGAUGCAUAUUCUGUUAUGGGCUCAUCAGAUACAUUGAACGAUCCUAAUGUGAACUUUGCUGAAUGGGAAAAGCAUACGCGCGGCAUUGGAAGCAGGCUAUUGGCAAAGAUGGGAUAUAAACAGGCACGGAUCGGUGAAGGUCUUGGCAAGUCUAAAGAGGGCAUAAUCAAUCCGAUCGAAGUUCGUCUCAUCAAGCAAGGUGUCUCGCUAGACUAUAUCUCUACCAACGGCAAAAAGGUUAAACCGCCGAAACCUAAACCCGAACCUAAACCUGAUGGCUUUUUCGAUUUCCUCAACUCUUCUCUAAAUACUACGAUUGAAAAGGAAUUGGUUAAAGCGCGUCAGUCGCUUACUCGGAACGAGGGCAAGGACCCGGCGAUGGCCAGCAGGUUCAGAGCAAGAGUUAGGGCGUUAGAAGCUAAUUGUGAAGAAUUGCGGCGGAGAGAAAGAGAGCUUGGAGAUGGAUUAAAGAAGGAGAGGGGCAGGAAGCAGAUGCUCAAAUUUUAG